GCAUACCAUUUGGCGUCUUUGGAGCAUGUCAGUGUUGUAUUAGCAUAGCGGCAUUUGUGAGCGAAACAUCAUAUUGAUUUGGUGUAAUAGUAAUGAGUUCACACCCGCGGGCCUAUGUCUCGCAGUCUAAGGUCGUAAUUCCUUUGGUCUUUUCGCUGAUGAAGAUACUUCCGGCAGUAGUCGCCGCAACCCAUCUAUGUAUCACAUUAAUAACAGCGCGCCAUUGUUCCAGGCUCGACCUUGGAUUUCUCCGUUGUCUGGCAGCGCCGAUUUUAACUCUGUACAGACCACCUUUCGUAUUAAUGUCUUCAUAAAUCUUGUUGCCAGCGAUUAUUAUCAUGAGGGCAUCUAAGUGCAUGUAUUCGGAAGUGAAUUGUACCGAUGGUAGAGGGACUUCGUCAAGGCGAAUAUCACUCAUCCGC